AUGAGCAGCCGUGGCACGAAGGGGUGCUGCCGCCGGGUGGUGGAUUUGGAAGUCUUUGCAGCCCGCAGAGACUACCGAAUCUGCCGCCCAGUGCUGAGGGCCGCAUCCAACCUCAACCCGGCCCUCGUCGGGCCCCAAGCGGCAGAACGGACCGGCCCCCUCUUCCGCGUCAACUUUCCCCCGGCGGCCAAGCGAAGUGAGUCCUGGAGGGCCGGGGGGGGGGGGCUUUCCUGGGCCGGGCGAGGGCGGCGUCUGGGCCGCGCGGAGCUGAGCUCCCUCUUGGUCCGCAGGGCGACCGGCAGCGACGACUCGGAGGCCUCCGAUUCCGGCGGCAGCGCCUUCGAGGAAACCCUUCGCGGCAAGGCAGGCAAGCGGCAGCCGGGGCCCCGCAAGCCGCAGGCGGCGAGGCGAAGGGCGGCCCCGAAGGAUCUUCUGCUUGCCCGCGCGGAGCCCAGCGGCCUCUUCCAGGCGGUGAAGGCAGGCCGGAGCGCCGCGCAGUCUGUAGUUGAUGACUGGCUUGAGAGUUACAAGAAAGACAGGGAAUCUGGUUUCCUGGAGCUGUUCAACUUUAUUGUCCACUCCUGUGGUUGCAAAGGUGUAGUGACCCUGGAGAUGCUGAGAGGCCUUCAGAACUCAGAGAUCAUCCAGCAACUGACAGAAUCAUUUGAUGAGGGCUCAGCAGAGUACCCACUGUUGUUGAACACCCCAGUCUGGCGGCGAUUUCGACAGGGGUUCUGUGAGCUGUUGGCAGUUCUUGUGCACCGUACACAACAUGCUGUUCUCUGUGAUGAGUAUUUGAUGGGUAGCCUCAUCGCUCUGCUUACUGGCAUGUCUGACUCCCAGGUGCGUGCUUUCCGCCACACGAGCACCUUGGCAGCCAUGAAACUAAUGACAGGUUUGGUGCGUGUAGCUCUGAGUGUCAGCCUGCAGAAGGACAACAGUCAGCGGCAGUAUGAGGCUGAGCAGGCCAAGGGAUUGAGCUGCCGGGCUCUGGAGAAGCUGGAAGGGCUGCUGGAACAACACAGAGAGCUCCAGGAGAAACAGGAAGAGCUUGAGAAUUUGAUGAACGCUAUUUUCAAGGGGGUCUUCAUUCACCGCUAUCGGGACCUUAUGCCUGAAAUCCGUGCCAUUUGCAUUGAAGAGAUGGGCCAGUGGAUAGAGCAUUACAGCAACUCCUUCCUGACUGACAGCUAUCUCAAGUACAUUGGCUGGACGCUACAUGACAAGCAGGGGGAGGUCCGGCUCAAGUGCCUGCUUGCUCUGCAACGACUGUAUCACAGCCAGGAGAGGGCUGCUCGCCUGGAGCUCUUCACCAGCCGCUUCAAGGAGCGAAUGGUGUCCAUGGUCCUGGAUAAGGAGCCCCAGGUGGCAGUGGAAGCUGUCAGGCUGCUCACCCUCAUCUUUCAGAAUAUGGAUGACGUGCUCACAGACUCGGAUUGUGCAAGCAUCUUUCCACUUGUGUAUGCUUCUAACCGUCCUCUUGCAGCAGCCGCUGGCGAAUUCUUAUAUAACAAGUUGUUGGCUCCCACCAUGUGUGCCAGGGGUACAGCAGGGAAGCAGCACACCAGAGCCGCCUUCCAGCUGCUGCUGGCCUUUUUCAUUCAGAGUGAGUUCCACGACCAUGCCAGCUACCUGGUGGACAGCCUGUGGGAUUGUGCGGCUGCCUUGCUGAAGGACUGGCAGCUGCUGACUGGGCUGCUGCUGGAGGAUCCCCCUGUGGAAGGCCUCGGAGACCGAGAAGAGAACAGCCUCAUCAUGUUCUUGGCAGCCAGUGUGCGGCAGGCCACCGAGGGGCAGCCACCUGUCGGCCGGAUCUCUGGAAAGAAGGUGCUUUCUGCUCGGGAGCGCAAGGUGCAAGUGGAGGAUCGCCACAGACUCACCCAGCACCUCAUCCCCCUGCUGCCCCUGCUGCUGGCUAAGUUCUCAGCUGAUGCCGAAAAAAUGGUUUAUCUGCUGGAGGUCCCACGCUACUUUGACCUGACUCUUUACAGCAGUGGCCGUCUGGAAAAGCAUUUAGAGCUGCUGCUGGCCCAGCUGUGGGAGGUGAUGGAAAAGCACACAGACUGCGAAGUGCUGGAGGCUACUUCUAGGACUCUGCACAUGCUCUGCUCUCCAGAACUGGCUUUCUACAGCCGGGCAGAUUUUGCCCGUAGUUGUCUGGUAGACCAUCUGGCGGAUAAAUUCCAGCAUGAGGUGACUGAACUGUUCCAGUCACCCUGCUGUCUGGAGAAUGAAGAUGUGUACCGUGUGGCUGCCACUCUCAAACGCAUUGCCAUCCUGCACAGUGCUCAUGACCUGACCCCGUGGAAUUUCUUUGACCCCUGCAUCCGACUCCUGCGCCACACGGUGGACACAGAGGAGAUCCCCAAGCAGUUGGUCAUCUCUGCCAUAUCCUGUUCAUACUUCUCACUCUAUUGGGAGCUGUCCCACCUCUGUGCCACUGCCACAGCCUCUGACCCCCUUCCCAGACAGGAGCAGCUGCUCAGCCUGAAGGAAAAAGUGGCUUCCUUCUGCUCCCUCUGUCAGAACUACCUUGUGGACAUGGACCCCGGUGUUCAGGAGCAGGCCUUUGUGGUGCUGACUGACCUGCUCAUGAUUUUCGGGCCUCAACUGCCGUAUGGGGGCCACCGCCUGCUCCGGGAGCUGGUGUACGAGCCGGAUGUCGCUUUGCAGUCACAGCUAGCUGGCUUCCUUGUGGACCACGUCUUCAACCACGACCAGGUCGAAGGCAGCCAGGAUGAGAUGCUCCAGAUUGAGCAACUGCACCAGCGCCGCAAGCUGCUGGCCGGAUUCUGCAAGCUCAUUAUCUACGGAGUCCUGGAGCUGAGUGCUGCCUCAGACAUCUUCAAGCAUUACUCCAAGUCCUACAACGACUAUGGGGACAUCAUCAAGGCAACACUGAAUGAGACCCGCCAGAUUGACCGGACCGAAUGGGCUCACACGCUGCUCCUCACUCUGCAGCAGUUGCUGACUCAGCUGCUUCUGGAGCAGGGACCUGCAGGCGUCAAAUCGGCCACCUUCCUGGAGAUCCGGGAUUUGGCACGUCGAUUCUCUCUGCUCUUUGGGCUGCACCAGCUGCAGAACCGCUCCGCCCUUGUCACUCUGCAUAAGGAUGGGAUAAAGUUUGCCUUCCAGGAGCAGGUGGCCUCCGACUCCAGGCUGGACCUUAUCCACCUGCCCUUCUUAGAGCUGCUGAGCGAGUUUUCUCCACGGCUGGUGCCUCCCGACAAAGCCUUGCUCCUGUCCUACCUCAAGAAGAUCAGCCAGGCGCACCUGUCCUCCCAACGCGGAGAGGAGCACCUCUGGGCCUCGCUCCUGGUCUAUCAGCGCUCCCUGAGCCCCCAGGAGGAGACAGCCCCCUCACCAGAUGUACCUGCCCAGCAGAAGCCUGGACCACCUGCCAAGAGGCGGCACCUGGAUGAGUCCCCUGGGCAUAGUGAUGCCAGUUUCUCCUCCACUUCCGGCAGCCACUUACAGAGCCCCUUGAUGACAUCCACCACCCUGCGGAAAAAAGGCCACUCGGCUGCCCAGCUGCUGGGCCAGGAGGACUCAGGCUCCGAGUUGGAGUUUGUGCAGAGCCAGCCGCAGCAGGGCCGCAAAGCCCCUCGCAGCCAGCUUCAGCCCAAGAACCGUGGUAGCCUAGGCCGGCAGUUGGGGCGGCUGACCCUGAUGGAAGUGGGAGAGGCGGUGGUGGAAGAGCCAGAGACCAGCGAGGAGGAGGUCGCCUUUGGCAAGGUGAAAAGAAGCCCCUGGCAAUGGGGGGGGGAGAGUGCUGCCUGCCCCCAGGUCCCGAGAGCCCCAGCCAGCCUGACCUGCAGCACCUCCUCCUCCUUGCGCCCCCUCGGCUGUUUUCUGGUUUCCCUCUUGGGGGCGGGAGGAAGGGCUGCGUUUGGCUUUGCUGGAGUGACUCCACUUUGGGCAGCAGGCAGUGAAUGGGCAGCUGGCCUGCCUGGCUUUUGUCCGCAGGAGUCAGAGCUGAGGCCUCUCCUUGCCUGCAGGAUCUUUCCUAAUGGCUUCUUAAAGGAGAGAUGAGUGGGGCAGAACAAGAUGGCUCCCCCUUAACACCUGCUUUCCCUCUUCCUGCAGGAUUCCCGAUAGGCUCCCCUCCUCGCAGUUUCUCAGGGGGCUCUGCUGCGCUGCCCCUCCUGGGGUUGGAAGCUUCAGUUGCUUGUUGCCAGUGCUGUUUGUCUAAUUGACGAUCUGGUUUUGGUGCCUUAGGGGGCUCUCCUUGCCCCCAUUUCUCAGGGACAGUUUUCGUUGUGUAGCACUUGAGGUUUUGCCUCAGCUCCUCUCACUUGUGGGACACUUUCCAUUCUGCUAUUUCUGUUCUGCUGUUCCUUCUUGAUUGGGUUUUGUGGAGCUGUUGGCUGAGAAAUAAAACUGUUUACGGA